AUGCGCCUGCUGCGAGCUGAGGAGCGUGACAACCGCCGAUGGAGCAACAUCUCGGUGACCAGCAACAUCGGCCGCUGGAAGCAGCGCGAGGGUCUUUGGGCUCUUGUCGCAUACACCUUCCUCUUGGAGCCCGCCCUCCAAAGCCGACUGGCGCCACUCCUUCCAUGGUAUGCGCUCUCGGCUGACAUCGGGCAGGACCGGUUAAAUCAGUCGAGCUGCGCGGCCUUCCGGCGCGCGUCGCGCAUUGCCUGGUCGAUGACGGGGAAGGCGGACUUUGCGCAACGCCGAGGCCACCUUCCAGCCGAUCUUGAAUCCUUAAUUCAGCAAGUCGAUCGGAGAGCUUUCAUGACCAGGAUCAGAAACGAGCUGCGUGCGAUUCAAAGUGGUGGAUGGGAGUAUGGUGAAGGCCUUCGAGCGCCGAUGCCAGUUUGGUCGUUUCUACGGAGUCAGGAGGUACGGAAAUUUCUGGGGCAUGACUUUCUGUGGCAGAUACUCAAGACAUCUUGUCGUGGAGAUCCCUGUCCGAUUGUGAUCGAAGCCGGAGCCCGCGAAGGAGAAGAUUCCGUGGCGAUGUGCAGAUCAUGGCCCCAUGCGGUCGUCCAUGCGCUGGAGCCGAUUCCCAGCUCCUUUGCUCGGAUGAAGAGCAAGCUUCGGAAUCUUCAGAGCAACUGCACAGGCCGCAUCAAGACCUACCAGCAGGCGCUCUACAACGUCUCGGGAAGAGUCCCGAUGAUUCCUGUGGUUGCAAGCUGGGGAAGUCUCGGAGCCUCGAGUCUCUUUGCAACCUCAGAGGAUGAGCUGCGGCGUCUGUCCCACGUCUCCAUGAACGCGCCCAUCGAGGUGCGCACGUCGACGCUGGACGACUUCGCGCGGGAGGCCAAGAUUCAGAAGGCCCACUUCCUGCGCUUUGACAUGCAGGGGGCUGAGCUUCCCAUGCUGAAAGCCAGCAAGGACAUCUUGCUGAAAGCCCGAUGCCUGCAAGUGGAGGUUCUCCCAGAUGGUACCUACGUGGGAAGUGGACCCUCCUCUGUGGAGGCCUUCAAGGAGCUCCUGCAGCCACUGGGUUGGCGCCUGCUGUUCUCGAAUGUGGGCCUGGAGGACGGAGGUCCGGGACAUGGGGAUGCCUUGUUUGUGAGGCUCGGCCAAUGA